UCAAGUUGACGGCAGUAGAUCUCACGUCACGUCACGUCAGGGGAGAAAAAAAAGCUUAGCGGCGUUUUUUUCCUUUCUCUAUGCAUCGUUCCAACGCAUGAACCGCACGAGUCGCGCGCGCCUCAGAGGUAUCGGUGAACAAAGUGUCGUGUGCAGCAGCGAAGGUAUACACACAGCGCGCGGCGCACGAGGGACCGAUCAUGCACUGUCAAGCCGAGCUGAGGCUCUCCUCCCCCGGGCAACUAAAGACUGCCCGGCGGCGCUACAAGACGUUCAUGAUUGACGAGAUCCUCUCCAAGGAGACGUGUGAUUACUUUGAGAAACUUUCUCUGUAUUCGGUGUGCCCGUCGCUCGUCGUGCGGCCGAAGCCUCUCCACUCAUGCUCGGGCUCCUCGUCACUACGGGCCUACCCUCUGCUCUCCGUGAUCACGCGGCAGCCCCCCAACCUGCCCCUCCACCUCCCCCAGACGCCGUCCCCGGCCGGAGUGCCCCCGCACCUGCUCUCCCCGCAGCAUCCGCGGGGCUCCGAGCCCUCGCCCGGCCGGACGCCCCUCAGCAUCAGCAGCGAGUCGGAAACGGAGCACGGCGCCGCCCGCCUGAAGAAGCCGCGCCGCAGCCGCACCAUCUUCACCGAGCUGCAGCUGAUGGGCCUCGAGAAGAAGUUCCAGAAGCAGAAGUACCUGUCCACACCUGACCGGUUAGACCUGGCCCAGUCCCUCGGUCUCACACAGCUCCAGGUGAAGACAUGGUACCAAAACAGGCGAAUGAAGUGGAAGAAAAUGGUGCUCAAAGGAGGUCAUGAGGCCCCGACCAAGCCCAAGGGAAGACCCAAGAAGAACUCCAUCCCCACCACGGAAGAAAUAGAGGCCGAAGAGCAACGGAUGAAGGUGGAGGAAGAGUAUAGGAUGAGGAGGGCGACAAAGGAAGGAGGAGAGGCGUCUCAGCUGGAACCUCAAGAUCUCAGCUCAGUAACUCUCAAUCCGGCCGCGGCGAUGGAGGAAUCGGAGCGAGAGCCGGCGCUCCCGAUGCAGUCGGAAACUCAUUCAGCCAGCUAAGCAACAACACAAUAACCAAAGACUGAUGCCAACCUGAAAACAAUGAGUGCCUCAGGAUCACUGAAAAAAAAAAGCCUGUGUGGCGUUUAGAGAGAAUCUGACUGGAAACAUAUUGCUGGAAUCCAAUCGUUACCUAACGCAGGCUUUUAAAAAAAAAAUGUCGUUGUGUAUUCGAUAAUGUAUCACAGCGAGAGCUAAAAUGCCGAAACACGCCGAUUGCACUGGUGAAUACGUGGCCUGUAUUUGAGCAGGACGCUGGUAUAAGGAGUGUAAAUCUGUCAAAUCUAAGGUCAGUCGGGUCAGUGAAAGCGGAACUGGCAUCGCUGCACCCCCUUAUCGGGCAGACAUGAACGAUCAAACGCACCGCCGGUCCGCCAAGCUGCCUCCCAACGUGCAUGUGCCAAAGUAUCAAGAUUUGCCUUACUGUAGUGUCUCUACGUGUCUAUCUACUAUACAAUCACUUCACUGCCAACAACUAGGUACCACUCAAUGGCCACAGUGCCUUGUCGGUCUCAGAGGAACGCUUUUAAAGUGUCGAUACAAUAAGUAUAUUUUUUACAGUACCCUUUGAUUACAUGUUCCAUUUUUGGAGACAGAGUUGUAAAGUUUUGAAGAGCGCCUCGAUGUUUACUGUGGAGUUCCUCUGCACUGCUUUAAGGCACACAUGUUUCAUUAUAUGGUGAGUAAAGCUUGCGUUUUUUUAAUUUUUUCAAUCUGAAAAAAAGAACUAAACCAUAUUUCUGCCAAGCCAUACACUGUAUCAUACUGUAGAAAUGUGUAUAAAGUUUAAAAUAUAUGGUCUUUCGGAUAUAUAUAUAUAUAAAUACUGCUUUACAUAUAUAUAUAUGUAAAGCAGUAUUUUUAACUGCUGAUUUAAAUUGGAUUAAAAUAGUUUGUAUGUAUAAUUUUACUGCCGUCUCUGAUCUUUUCUCUCCUUUCAUGGGAGUCAGGAGGACUCGUUCUGCCACGAGGCCACUGAGACUCUUAAACUGUCAGAGAUUCUCAAAGGCCAUAAAUCAUAACCAGUGCCAAAGCUGUGCGGCAAAUGCUGAACAUUUAAAAUCUCAGACCUAUUCCCGCCUGUAGGCAUUGCAUGAGUACCCCAAACAGUUAUCAUAUUAUCAUAACUGCCUGCCACUGACUUCUUUCAACUCUCCCGUCUUCCCCCCCUCCCCGCAAAGAAUUGUGAUUAAAGAGUUUAACUUUUUUGCAAUUACACAGAUUUAUUUGUAUUUGUUAUUGUGUCAUAUAUAUUAAAAAAAAGUGCAGUAUUUUUCUGAUGUAAAUAAUGUUUGUUUGCUAAGUUUGUUUGCAUUUUUUAAAAAGUGUGUGUGUACGAUCCUUUUUACUCUGUACAAGUGUGUGUUUACGUAUUUAAAUACACUGAAUAAAACAGCCAUCGUUUUAAAAUUCCA